AGUGCCAUAGCCGCGAUCGACUCGCGCACAUCUAUACGCUUUGAAUAAACUAUAUUUAUUAUAUUUUAUACAUGUAAUUUGUUUUUCCAACAUGUACAGAUUGACAAUUUUAACAGUUUUGCUGGUCAUUUGUUAUGUGUCUGGCCAAAAUUUCAUACAGAGGACUAAGCGACAGAGCGGUACUGGUGGACUGAAGUCAGGCUACCAGCCAGAAAGGGUCGACGAUGCAGUUAACUGGGUCAACCAAUUUUUAAAUACUACACAAAGCAAUAAGCCCAGCGGUGGUUUUAACUUAGAUCCGUCCAACGUUGUUAUACGGAAUUCGUCACUGACAAGGCCGGUUACGCCUAACAAGUUUGACGACGAAAUCAAUUCUACUUUUGUGGAAAAGCCGUGUGUAACAGAAGGGGGUGAGUCCGGCGUUUGCGUGGUCUACUACCAGUGCGACCCUCAGACACGCAAGGUCAUCGGAGACGGCACAUCCCUAAUAGAUAUACGGUCUGGUAACGUAGAAUGCGUCUCGUACCUGGACAUCUGCUGCAAGCUCAAUGAUCGCCUACCAGUGGAACCCCAGAAAACUGAGAAACAAGAGAAAGAUGCAGAACAACCGCAACAGGCUCAAAAUGAAGCCAAGCCUUCCAAAAACCCAAGUGUCAGCAAGGAGUGCGGUUGGAACGACCCGAGUCUGUUCGUGUUCCAGCCGCCCAACCAAGACGUGUCCGACCGGGGGGUGUAUGCCAACUACGGGGAGUUCCCCUGGAUGGUGGCGCUACUGAGGAAGUCUGGCACAAAAGUGUGGGUGCAGAACGACUACAUCGGCGGAGGCGCCAUCAUCCACCCUUCCGUGGUGGUCACUGCUUUCCACAAGCUGCUGCAAGUUACGCCCAAUGAGUUGAAGUGCCGUGCCGGCGAGUGGGAUACACAGACUGACAAGGAGCAGUACGGGAUACAGGAGAGAGAUGCUGAUCGCUUCGUUUCUCAUGAGGAGUACUUCAGGGCGUCUGUGUACAACGACAUCGCGCUGAUCUUCCUCAAGGCGCCGUUCGAGCUGACGUCUGCGCCGCACAUCGGGCCGGCGUGCCUGGCGCGGGUGAUGCCUGACGCCGCCACGUGCUUCAGCAUGGGCUGGGGCAAGGACGUGCUCACCGACGAGUACGUCAACAUACUGAAGAAGGUGAAGCUGCCGCUGGUGGAACACGAUAGGUGUCGCGAGCUGCUGCACACCAACACGCGCUUCCGUCACAUCCCCAACUUCGUGCUGCACGAGUCGCUCACCUGCGCCGGGGGCGAGGAGCUAGUCGACACGUGUCGCGGCGACGGCGGCUCGGCCCUGGUGUGCCCUAUAGGGCACCGAGACGGCAAGACUCGGUACGCAGUGGUGGGUCUGGUGGCGUACGGUCUGGAGUGCGGCAAGCGCGACGUGCCGGGCGUGUAUGUGAACGUGCCACAUCUCGCCGACUGGGUGGACCGGCAGAUGCGUGCCGAGGGACUCGGCACAGACUCCUACUCCUUCUGAAUACACGCCUUACCAUAGACAA